AUGUACUAUGGUCGCUGCAGUGACGGGAAAAACUGUCUUUUCGCGCACUCGGAAGCCGAGAUCCGAGCUUUGCCAGACUUCCGCAAGACCAGACUGUGCGUUGCGUUUCGCAAUCGCAUGUGGUGCGACGAUGGUCACAACUGUCCGUUCGCGCAUAACCAGAAGGAAAUGCGGUUGCCAUUGCGCAAAACGCAGCUUUGCAUGCACCAUUUGGGAAAUGGCUGCAAAUGGGGCGCUCAGGAUUGCAACCAUAUUCAUCACAUCCUAGACGCGGAGGAGGUCCCGGAUCGAGAGCUGGUGGAGCCCGCGGCUCGGCAGCAUUUUGUCGAUUGGUAUCAAACUGAAUUGCAUGCCGGUCCACAGCCUGUAUCUGCAGAAGAUGCGCUCGUGCAGUCAAUGGAACGGUACAAGGAGUACUUGAAACAAGAGGCGAUGAGGGCGGCGACCUUGCUGUUGAAGGGACAAAAAGAAGGCGGCUGUGUCUAAAUUGUCGCCACUAGAGGGACCUGCUUAGCAUCGCGCGACUCUUUUCUGUCAACAUACUUGUUCAUGAAAUUUUUGAUGCACGAUCACGAUAUGCAAAUAGAACGAUGUUGAUAUUUAUAUAUUAUAAUAGAUGGGUCUGAUCGGCUACACAUGGAAUAUAAUUUAUAUUAGUUUGGAUUAUAAUGCCUGAAUCCAGUGUAUUUGCAUUAAAAAUUGAACUCGUGUGUAGCUUUUUUGUUGGGCGUCAUGAGUUUCUACCUAUUCAUAGCUAGUGAUACAUAAAAACAUUUCAGUUUUUUAAGUAGCCAAGAUGUAGUGUGGUUCAUCGAAAACAUAGUGAUAGGCGGUCAGACUCAAGUGUCAACCUGUCAUCGUACCCAUCUUUUGCGCUAGGGAGUCUGUUCUUGUUUAUUAUAAAUAUUUAUAUAAAUAUGAAAUUCUAUUCAUCAUGUCGUUUUACUCUGCUUUCUUGCUAUUUGCUCUCACUUCGGCUUGGUAAGCACACGACGCUGCAAUCGCUCGUAGCAUCUUAUUAGUAAUUCGCGUUCGCGUGAGGAAGAUGAAGUAGAUCAUGUACGCUUUAAGUUUAAGAACUUUCAUCGAUGGGUGCUCGCUAUGAGUUACUUGUCUCCUCUACUACUUCUCUGUUAGUAAACAUAAUUGAAGCAAAAAAAGAACAGCGACCAUCUUCCUCGAAAAUUUAGUGGUUUUAAUCCGCAAGUCGAUCUAUAAAUAUGGUCGAUCAUUUCAAGGUCAGGUUUCUGUGCCUAAGCAGGCUGUGUCUCAAUUCUGCAGAUUUGUGUCUGGUGAUGCUCUUACUAAGGAAUGAUAAUUUAUCUCCAACAUCAAAGAAUGAUCUAGCUUGAAUUAUCAGUGAGGACUUCCAAGUUUUGACCAACGAUCAUCCACAUAACUGGCUCCCAAGUUGUUUGUCUGAAGACGAAGACGUCGAAAAAUAAUUGAAACUGCAAGGAUUUUCCAAAGAUGGCCAUGCUUGUGCCUAAGACGUGCAACCGGCCAAGGUUGCAAUAAUAACGGGCUCCCUUCAUAGAUCUUACUAAGUUACUGGAUCGGCUGCACUAAUUUGUGCAUAGCCCCGGCUAGUUAGUUCAGACCAAACGAACCGGCAUAUUUUUGUACGGAUGUUAUACAGAUCAGCAUGUCAUAGGCACUAAAUUCCACAAGCAGCCGAGUAAGUAGUAAGUCCGUCUGUUUUGCAAGGAUGAACACGAAUCAACAUGCGAAUAAAAAUCAUCAGCGCAAUACAUGAAGAUGAAAAUCGGAAAACGUCGAAGCAACUACUCAGUUCCUCCUUGCUUCAAUCCUCCUUGUAUCGAAAUCGCAAGAACAAGCGAGAUAUCAAGGUGAAGAAAACGUGCCACCUAUGAACGAUCAUACUUAUAUAUAAUAUAUAGAAAAGAAGAAGAACCACAACUAGUAGAGCUACACGAUAGAAG